AUGAAUUUAAGAAAAUUUUCUUAAUAAUCUUAUUUCAAGUAAAAGACAUUAAAUUUAGAUAAAAAUGAUAUUAUUAAAGAAGAAUAAGAAGAAACAAAAACAAGUUAAAGUAAAAAAAUUUUGUUAUGAAGAUUUAAAGCACAAAAAAUGUAUUACAUAGACAUCUGCUUCAUCUUAUAUUAAAAAUACUUCAUCAUAAUGUAAAAAAAAAAUAAUCUAUAGUAUUUUAGAAAUUCAAAGUUUUAUAUCUAGUACAUCUCCAUAAUAGAAAUAUAAAAUUAAAUAAACAAAUUAAAUUAGCACAGUGUCUUAGUUUACUAUUGAUAAUAAAUAAAUAUAGUCUUAAUCUGAAUAACAAGAAGCGAUUGGUAGAUUACUUAGAUGGGGGAAGAAAAAAGAAGAGAAAAUUAAAGAAAAAUAAGAAAAAUAUUAAAAUGAAGAAAAGAAUAAAAUUAGUGACAAACCAGAAUUAUCAAAAGAAACCAUUAAAAUAUAUGAAUCAGGAUUAAAACAUCAUUUCGAAUUGAAUAGUUUUAUCAAAUUUAAACAUUAAUUCACUUAAAUAUCGAAUGAUUAUUAACCUCUAGUAAAAUUUGAGAAGUUAAAAAAAGGAAAAAAAGUUAUAAUUGAAAAUGAAGAAGAAAUUGAAGAUAAGCCUUAAAAUUUUAAUGAUAAAACAACUUAAUAUAAAUUGAGUGAUUAAAUAUAGUUUGAAGCUUUAAUAUCAUCUGAUAGAAAAUCUCGUAAUAAAUCUGAUUAUACAUCUAUCCCAAUUCAUUUGAGAUAUGAAUAUGAAAUAAAACUAAAAAACGCCAAAUUAAAAUAAAUGAUUGAUAUCAAAGAAAAAGCUUUUUAACAAGAAUUAGCUAAAAGUAUUACUAAUUAAUAUUAAAGAACAUAAUAGUACUGCAGAAUAAUUUGAACAUUUCUUGAGUGAACAGGAAAAUUUCUUAAAAAAAAAAUAACAAUUUUAUGAUGCUAAUCUAAAAAAAGAAUUAGAAAAAAUAUAAGAAAUUGAUUCAUAAUUUUCUUAUAAACCAGAAAUUAAUUUUCCGCCUAUUUCAAUGAAAGCUCCUAUAAAUCAAAAUUCUGAUGAAAAAUUUAACGAAAAGCUUCAUUCACUUGGAGAAAGGCAAUAAAAAUAAAAACAGAUUUACUUUUUUAGAUCUACUUUACCUGAUUUAAAGAGAAAACCCAACCCCAUAAAAUAUAAUGAUGUAAAUAAUAAUAUUAUAAAGCAGAUUCUCCAUAAAAGGGACAAUUUAACAGUGUCUCAAAUUUAAUUUCAAACAGAAAGUUGA